AUGGAACCCAAACUUCCCAAUGAAGAAAUUUUUCAAAAGUUUGUAUAUGCUUACCUGAUGGAGAACGGAUAUGCAAGGACGGCUGAGGUUUUCCGAACUAAGACUCAAAUUACUGAACCAAUGCCUGAUGAACCACCUGGAUUUUUGUCCGACUUCUGUAAUAUUUUCUAUGACGUCUAUAACUCCAGAGUUAGGCAUCGCAUUCAACAAACUUCCCCUCAGAAUACUUGUUCCACUCAGAAUCAGCCCAUCAUUUGCUACACGAAAACUGGUAUUUCUCUUACUACACAUGACACACAUAAACAUGCAAUCUUAGAAGUUAGAUUUCAUCCAGAUUGUAAACUGUUUGCAUCCGCUUCAGCUGAUACAACAAUAAAACUAUGGGAUGCAACAACUCAUCAGACGGUGAUGUGCUAUAUGGAUGUUGGACUUGGACAUGGUGGGAGAGUAAGAUCGUUGGACUUCCACCCAUUCGACAACAAUACUCUUUGCUCAUCCGACUUUGCUGUAAUUAAAGUAUGGGAUCUCAAUCAGCAAAUCCUGGAUAACAGCUUUAAGGACGGUGGAAGAAUAGUUAGAGUUCAGCCUGUAUAUGGGAGACUUUUGGCAGUUGCUAAUGGAAAUGCUAUCACCAUACUUGAUUAUCAUAAUUUGGUUUUUGUGAGGAAACUUGAGGGACAAGUUAAAGACAUUAAGUCCAUGUGUUGGGAUGUCACUGGCCAAAUGAUUGCCUCUGUGAGUGAAGAUGAAGCACGUGUCUGGUCGGCGGGCGAUGGACAAUGCAUAGGUAGCUAUCCAUCGAAAGAGAGGAAGUUUCAGUCUGUCAUAUUUCAUCCUCGAUACCAUAAGGCCUUAGUUAUUGGUGGCCAUAAGUGUUUGUUAUCGUUGAACCUUGAGAGUAUGAGCGAAUAUACUAUGCGUGACACUCAGUUCUCAAUUACUGCACUGGCAGCUAGCAGGGCGCGAAAUCAAUUCAUUGCAUCAGGUAGCGAUGAUGGUGUGGUGAAGAUUUGGAAAUGA